AUGUCAUCACACCCUCCUGCAGAUGUCAUCAAACCACCCCAGGAGGUCAUCACACCUCCUGCCCCUCCACUCCCAGGAUGUCAUCCUCCUGCCCCUCCACCUCCACCCCCAGGAGGAUGUAUCACACCUCCUACCCAUUCCUCCACCCCCAGGAUCAUCACAAACCUCUGCCCCUCCACCUCCCCCCAGGAUUCAACAACACCUCCUGCCCAUCUCCACCUCCACUCCCAGAUGUCAUACACCUUCCCCCACCUCCACCCAGACAUCAACCCUCCUGCCCCACCACCUCCACCCCAGGAUGUUAUGCCAUUAAUUGCCAUCUACAUUUCAGGAUUCAAUACAACCCUGAUAUAA